AUGUCUUUAACAAAUUGCCGAUUCUACGAGGAGAAGUACCCUGAGGUGGACAGCUAUGUCAUGGUCAAUGUCAAGCAGAUCGCCGAGAUGGGCGCGUACGUGAAGCUGCUUGAAUACGACAACAUCGACGGCAUGAUCCUGCUCUCCGAACUUUCGCGAAGACGUAUUCGAUCCAUCCAGAAGCUUAUCCGUAUCGGACGCAACGAGGUCGUCAUUGUGCUGCGUGUCGACAAGGAGAAGGGUUAUAUCGAUCUGUCGAAGCGUCGUGUCUCGCCCGAGGAUGUUGUCAAGUGUGAGGAGCGCUACAACAAGAGCAAGGCCGUGCACUCGAUCAUGCGCCACGUCGCGGAGGCGACCCAGACACCCCUUGAGACCCUCUACCAACAGAUCGCCUGGCCCUUGGACCGGAAAUUCGGCCACUCCCACGAUGCGUUCAAGCUCGCUAUUACCAACCCCGAUAUCUGGAACGAUGUCGAGUUCCCCUCCGCACCCGUGAAGAAGGAGCUCCAGGACUACAUCAGCAAGAAGCUUACCCCCCACCCAACUAAGGUCCGUGCCGAUAUCGAAGUCACCUGCUUCGGUUACGAUGGAAUCGACGCCGUCAAGGAGGCCCUCCGUACUGCCGAGGCGGACAACACCCCCGAGAACCAGAUCAAGGUCAAGCUUGUGGCUCCUCCUCUGUACGUCCUGACCAGCCAAUGUUUGGACAAGAACCUGGGUAUCAAGAUGCUGGAGGCCGCGAUUGAGAAGAUCGCAGUGAAGAUCAAGGAGGCCAACGGUAACUGCUCCGUCAAGAUGGCGCCCAAGGCCGUCACCGAGCACGACGACGCCAUUCUCGCCGAGCUCAUGGAGAAGCGCGAGCGGGAGAACCAGCAGGUCAGCGGAGACGAGGAUGACUCGGAGAGCGACGCCGAUGUUCCCGAGUAA